AUGCGACUCCUCUGGUCGCUCUUCGUCUUCUUCUUCUUCCAUUUUCACGUACUCAAAGCUGCGCGCAUCUCAGAGUAUCGGGCGCUUCUCUCUUUCAAAGCGUCUUCCAUUACUGACGACCCUACCAAUGCUCUCUCCUCCUGGAACUCCCCCACCCCCUACUGCUCUUGGUUCGGUGUCACGUGCGACUCGCGCCGCCACGUCACCACCCUAAACCUCACCUCCUUGUCCCUCUCCGGCACCCUCUACGAUGACCUCUCCCACCUCCCUUUCCUCUCCAACCUCUCCCUCGCCGACAACAAGUUCUCCGGCCCAAUCCCCGCCUCCUUCUCCGCCCUCUCCGCCCUCCGCCACCUCAAUCUCUCAAACAACGUCUUCAACGCCACCUUCCCCUCCAACCUCGCACGCCUCGCCAACCUCCAAGUCCUUGACCUCUACAACAACAACAUGACCGGCCCCCUCCCCCUCGCCGUCGCCGCCAUGCCCCUCCUCCGCCACCUCCACCUCGGGGGCAACUUUUUCUCCGGCCAGAUCCCUUCCGAGUACAGCACCUGGCAGCACCUCGAGUACCUCGCACUCUCCGGCAACGAGCUCGCCGGAAACAUCCCGCCGGAGCUCGGAAACUUGACUGCACUUCGCGAGCUCUACAUUGGCUACUUCAACACUUACUCCGGCGGCAUCCCUCCGGAGAUUGGAAACCUGUCCCAGCUUGUCCGCUUCGACGCCGCGUAUUGCGGACUCUCCGGCGAAAUUCCGGCUGAUCUCGGAAGGCUUCAGAAUAUGGACACGCUGUUUCUUCAGGUGAAUGCGCUAUCCGGCUCCCUCACGCCUGAGCUGGGGAACCUGAAGAGCCUCAAGUCGAUGGAUCUGUCCAACAAUAUGCUCUCCGGCGAGGUUCCGGCGAGCUUUGCGGAGCUCAAGAAUCUCACUCUGCUGAACCUCUUCCGAAAUAAGCUCCACGGCGCGAUUCCCGAGUUUGUCGGAGAGUUGCCGGCACUGGAGGUGCUGCAGCUUUGGGAGAACAAUUUCACGGGAAGCAUUCCUCAGAGCUUGGGAAGAAACGGAAAACUCACUCUCGUUGAUCUUUCUUCGAACAAGUUAACGGGAAUGCUUCCUCCUGAUAUGUGUUAUGGGAAUCGUCUCCAGACUCUGAUAACUCUUGGGAAUUAUCUGUUCGGUCCAAUUCCUGAUUCUCUUGGGAAGUGUGAAUCUUUGAGUAGGAUUCGAAUGGGGGAGAACUUUCUUAAUGGUUCUAUUCCAAUUGGUCUCUUUGGGCUUCCGAAACUGACCCAGGUCGAGCUUCAGGACAAUCUUCUCACGGGGCAGUUUCCUGAGGGUGGUUCUAUUGCUAUUAAUCUUGGUCAGAUUAGUCUCUCUAAUAACAAGCUCUCUGGGCCGUUGCCACCCACCAUCGGAAAUUUCACCAGCAUGCAGAAGCUUCUUCUCGACGGUAACAAGUUCUCGGGUCAAAUCCCUCCGCAGAUAGGGAGGCUCCAACAGCUUUCCAAGAUUGAUUUUAGCCAUAACAAGUUCUCCGGACCUAUUGCUCCUGAGAUAAGUCGGUGCAAGCUUUUGACCUUCAUUGAUCUCAGCCGCAAUGAGCUCUCUGGGGAGAUUCCAAACCAGAUAACUGCCAUGCGGAUAUUGAAUUACCUCAACGUUUCAAGAAACCAUUUAGUUGGCUCCAUUCCAGGGUCCAUAGCUUCUAUGCAAAGUUUAACUUCUGUUGAUUUUUCGUACAACAAUCUCUCUGGUUUGGUUCCUGGAACCGGGCAGUUUGGCUACUUUAACUACACCUCUUUCCUAGGGAACCCUGAACUCUGUGGUCCUUAUUUGAGUCCUUGUAAAGACGGGGUUGCUAAUGGCCCUCGUCAACCUCAUGUAAAAGGCCCUCUCUCUUCUUCUUUGAAGCUUCUGUUAGUUAUAGGGUUGCUUGUGUGCUCCAUUGCAUUUGCUGUUGCAGCAAUAAUCAAAGCCCGGGCUUUGAAAAAGGCUAGUGAAGCACGUGCGUGGAAAUUAACUGCAUUCCAGCGUUUGGACUUCACUGCUGAUGAUGUUUUGGACUGUUUGAAGGAGGAUAACAUAAUAGGGAAAGGAGGUGCAGGGAUUGUGUACAAAGGGGCAAUGCCGAAUGGGGAUCAGGUUGCUGUGAAAAGGUUACCUGCCAUGAGCAGAGGAUCUUCCCAUGACCAUGGUUUCAAUGCGGAGAUUCAGACUUUGGGGAGGAUUCGACACAGACACAUUGUUAGACUGUUGGGCUUCUGUUCAAACCAUGAGACGAAUCUCUUGGUGUAUGAGUAUAUGCCUAAUGGAAGUUUAGGUGAGGUUCUUCAUGGCAAGAAAGGUGGUCAUUUGCAUUGGGACACAAGGUAUAAAAUUGCUGUGGAGGCUGCGAAGGGCCUUUGUUAUCUUCACCAUGACUGUUCCCCACUCAUUGUCCAUCGAGAUGUUAAAUCCAACAAUAUUCUUCUUGAUUCCAACUUUGAAGCACAUGUUGCUGAUUUUGGGCUCGCAAAGUUCCUGCAAGAUUCUGGAACAUCUGAAUGCAUGUCUGCAAUUGCCGGUUCGUAUGGAUACAUAGCUCCAGAGUAUGCGUACACUUUGAAAGUUGAUGAGAAAAGUGACGUGUACAGCUUUGGAGUUGUUCUUUUGGAGCUUGUAACAGGCAGGAAACCAGUAGGGGAGUUUGGAGAUGGUGUAGACAUUGUGCAAUGGGUGAGGAAAAUGACGGACUCAAACAAGGAAGGAGUUCUAAAGGUUCUUGAUCCUAGACUUCCCUCAGUUCCACUCCAUGAGGUGAUGCAUGUUUUCUAUGUAGCCAUGUUAUGUGUUGAGGAACAGGCGGUGGAACGACCAACUAUGCGUGAAGUUGUUCAAAUUCUGACCGAGCUUCCAAAGCCGCCAAUCUCAAAACAGGGAGACUUAACAAUCACGGAGUCUUCUCUGUCAUCAUCGAACAGUUUAGAGUCUCCAACCACGGCAUCUAAGGAACCUAAAGAUAAUCAACAUCCUCCCCAGUCUCCACCACCUGAUCUUCUUAGCAUUUGA